CAAAAACAUAAUAAACAAUACACUACAUUUAGAUUAUAGUUUUGUUUAAAUUAACUUUAUUCAAGUUAUAGUUGUAAUUUGUUUUUUUUUUAUUGUUAAUACUCAUUACUAUUUCAUUACAUUGUGUUUAUUAAAAUUUUAACCAUAAUAAAGCAAACAAACCAACAAAAGAUAGUUAAAAAUUCUGAUUCAUUACAUAUAAUAUCUAUUCUAAAAAAUUAAGGAAAUCAGUAUCGUUGAAGAAACUAGAAAUAAUCUAUUACUUCAUUUUAAUUGAAUAUGCUGAUCAAGUCAACUUCUUCUUCCUCUUCUUCUUCUUAUUCCGCUUCUUCUUCCUCUUCUUCUUCUUCUUCUUCUUCUAAUGGUUAUAUUAAUGAUGUCAAAUUAAAUGAUAAUGGUGAAGUGAUUUUAAAACGUCGUGAAUAUUCAAAUACUAAAUAUUUAUAUUAUUUAUUUACUGAAUUCUUUCAAAAUACUACUGUUUAUCUAUAUGUAAUGACAUUUUUAUUUUCUGGUUUAUUUUGUUUAUUUCUAUUAUUCAUUAUAAGUUAUAUAAUAAUGAAUAAUUUACUGAUUAUGCUAUUAAAUACAUUCAAUAUAUAUAUUAUAAAUAAUUAUAAAUUAUCAAUAAUCAAUAUAAAUUCAAUAAAUGAAUUACAAUAUUUAAUGAUUAUUAUUAUUAUUAUUACUUUAUUUAUUCUAUAUAUAAUUUAUUGGUUAUGGGAUUGGGAUUCAGAAAAUCAUGGUGGACAUCCAAAACAAUUUAUACGUUAUUUAAAAUUAUGGGAAUAUUUAGCAGAUUAUUUUCCAAUACAUUUAGUAAUUAGUAAAGAAUUUAUUAAAUUUAAUAAAAUUCAUAAUUAUCAUAUUAAUUAUCAUUCUUAUUUAAUGAAUUCUAUUAUAAAUAAUAAAAAUGAUAAUCAUUUUAAUAAUGAAUUAAUAAAUGAAAAUUUAUCUAUGGAUGUUAAUUAUUUAGUUGGUUUUCAUCCACAUGGAAUACUUGCUACAGGUGCAUUUAUUAAUUUUGCUACAGAAGCUACUGGUUUUUCAAAAGUAUUUCCUAAAUUUAAACCAUAUCUAGCUAUAUUAAAAACUCAUUUUAUAGCACCAUUUUAUCGAGAUUUUCUAAUGUUAUUCGGAAUGAUUGCUGCUACUAAGAAAGGAUUAUAUUACCUUUUGGAUAAGAAUAGUUGCAAACAAACAGGGAAUUUUGUCGUUGUCGUUCUUGGUGGGGCUUCCGAAGCCUUAGAUUCAAGACCUGGAACAUAUGUGAUGCACAUUAAUCAACGUUUUGGUUUUUUCAAGUUGGCCUUACAAACUGGGUAGGUUUUGAGUGAAAUGUAAUCAUUUUCUUUAACACUGCAUAAAUUUUUAAUAAACAAAUUUUUAUUGACAUGAUAAUGCAGAAAAUGAAAUAACUAUUGAAUGAUAUUUAUCAUUAAAUUCACUUGGUGUUACUUACUUGUAACUUUUCAUUGUUGUUUAGGACUGCAAUUGAUCAGUCUCUUAUUGGCAUAUGUGCAUACUGUGCGAACUGCCUCAAUAUUGCUUGAAGUCACAAGCUUUAUAUACAAAGAUGUAUAGUGGCUAGCAGUGGAAUUCAGGACGCGCGUUUCGUCCUAUUUGGGACUCAUCAGCUCGAUGUACCUGCAUCUCAGAGUUAAUGGGAAGGCACAAGUGAAUUUAAAACUUCCCCACGUUGCACAAGAAGGUGGUUAUUAGGAGUCAGCAGCUAAGUAGAUAACGCAAUGGCGUUUGAAGCGAACAAUACUGGGUUCGAGUCCCAGAGUGAACAUCAUUUCUGAGAUGUAGGUACAUCCAGCUGAAAUGCCGCAAAUAGGACGAAACGAGCGUUUUGGAUUUUUCAUUAAAUAUCUAAAAUAGAGGUAUGAUACUGUAAAAUCAUCUUGACCUUAUAAAGUGACUAUGUCCUGAACUUUCUGGAAUUUUUAACUUGAUAAAUCACUUGGUAGAUCACUUUAAAACCUAAAGCCAUCAGACACACUAUUUGGAAAUUAUCAUUUACCUAUUUAAAUUAUGUUUUACUACAUCAGAUCAGUGAAUUGGGACGAGAAAAAAUUUUUCGAGAUGAAUCUUUUCGUUUCCAUUAUCAAUUAUAUUGUACUUGCCAAAACAUAGAGAUAUAUGAAAAUUAUUAGUUUAUACCUUCAAAGAUAAAUAUUUAUCAAACUAUGGCUCUUCAUUUUUUUUACAAAUGUGUGAAUAACUAAUAUUGUUAUAUUCAUUAGGCUAAUUACAAAUAAGUAAGUACUACACUUAUUACUAAUGAAUUAAAGUUGUGAUAAACUUUUGAUGAACAUAGGAAUCACUAGUUUAAAUGAAGUUUAUAAAAUCUAUUCAUUGUAUAUAGUUGUAAUUUUAUUAGUUAAUCAGUUAUUUUUCAUUAUUUCAAAUAAUUUAUAUAACUAAUUAUCAAGUAAAGGAAUUACUUAUAUAACAAUAUGUGGGAUGAUUUGAUUAUGAAAAUGAAAAGUAAUUGAAAUGUAUUUUCCAGUUGAGAAUACAAGCAGGCAAAUAUAAACUCCCAAAUUCAUUCAGUACAACUAUGCCAUGUACUAAUAUAUAUUACUCGUAUUAAUAAAACCUUCAUCAUUUGUCAUUAAUUCGUUCCCUAGAUUGCCUUAUGAUAAGACCAAAAAAAUCUAAAUUGUUUUGAUUAAUUUUUUCAAUUGACAAAUAAUAAACAUACAAAUAAAUUACAGUAUCCUCAUUCACAUUUGUACUUUAAAUAUGUUAUUGUAAUUUACAGUACGUAUACAAUGAAAUUAAUCUAAUUAAGUUGGAUUAUUUUUAUGAUCAUAUGGUAGUCAAUGACUUGCUCUAGUUUUAAAUGUCCAGUUUAUCAAUAAUUAGUAAUUGUUGUGUCUACAAAACCAGGUACAGCUUAUAACAAAUGUGAGUAACUCGUUUACUGAAUACUGAUGAACGUCAAGAAGAAACUACCAACUAAUUUGUAAAUAUUUAUGAUCAAAUCAUUUGUAGACUGACUAGAAUUACUUUGUCAGUGAUAUUUAGUGACUUAAAUUGAUUAUAACUGUUGUGUCUUGUAACUGCAGAUUAGACGCGCGGUGUAUUUAUUGAUGGGAUCAAUGACACUUAAACACGUAAGGACGACCUAGAGUCCCAAUUAGACCCUGUUGAGUCCAGAACGCAAGUAAUAGCUUCUGAGAUAUAAACCAUUAUAUUUCUGACAUACUAUGUUUAUAUACCAACCAAACAGACCACAUCGUACCAUAAAAUAGAAAACAACAUUUGUACAACAUUUAACAAGUGAAAUGAAUACUGAUCAAUAGGGAAUGUCCAUUCAAAGUCCAAGGACACCAUUAGACUUAACAUGAUAAUUAUUGGUAUAUUUUUCCGAAUAUCCCAACAAUAACAUUUUAGGCUGUUGGGUGAUAUGGUAAAAGUUCAAUCAAUCAAAAUAUUGCUGUACAUUCUGAAUCAUUUUAUAGGAUACUUUAUUCUUUUAUUAAAUAAAAUGGUAUUAAUUACUUAACCACCUUCCAAUUAUGAUUUUAGACUAAUAAAAAAUGUAUAUAAAUAGUUUGAUAUUUGUUAGAUAAUUUUUUUUCUCAGUCACA